AUGAGAUACCACCACGUCCGGAGAGCCCUCGACUUGUUUACCAUACCUCGACAAGGCGGCGAUCAUCGAUGUCUUGUCCAAAAACCAAUGUGGGAUAGCUUCAAGGAUCUCUUGAACAGGAACCCUACGCACCGUUUCACGGACGAGCUGCUACGAGCUGGGUUGUCGCAGAUGUUCCUCGCCCUCGACUACCUUCACACAGAAGCCAAGGUCAUACAUACAGACAUAAAAGCCGACAAUAUCCUCAUCGAAAUCGAAGAUCAAGACAUCUUGAAAGCCUUUGUCGACGCUGAACUGACAUUACCCUCGCCUCGAAAAGUCGUAGAGGGAAAGCCAAUCUACGCGACACGCCAGUUUGGAAUACCGAAAGAAUACGGUCGUAUUCACGAUGCGCAGCCAGAUGUCUACCGCUGUCCAGAGGUCAUGCUGAAGACAGAAUGGGGAUUUCCAGCCGACAUUUGGAACGUGGGAGCGAUGAUUUGGGACCUAUACGAGGACAAGCACCUCUUCCACGGCAUCGACCCAACCAAAAAGCGCUACCUCACUAGAGCCCCCCACAUCGAAUCCCAAAACAGGAGGCAAAGCACAACCAACUGCAUACUCGUCAUCGUUGGAAAAAAUAUAUACACCAAGAAAUGCUACCACUGUUGGGGUAUUGAACCAUACAGAACCAAAGAAACCGUCAACUCAUGA